UGGGGCAAAAGGGGCAGAGAAAAGUGAUGAACGUGAUGAGUUGAAGUUGUCGUCGAAGCAGGAGGCAGCAAUUCAACAAGGGAUCACGGCAGUGGGUUUUGAUUAGAAAGCGCAGCAGAUCAGAUCAGUUCAGAUCAGAUCAGAUCAGUUCAGAUAUCAGAAAAUGGGCCAAAUGCAAAGCCAUCAGCUGAGUGCUGUCGAGCUGCAGGCGCAUCAGGAGGCCACCGGACUAUCGAUCGAGCAAUUGGAGGAGCUGCAUGUGCGCUUUCUGGCGCUGGAUCGACGCCAGCGAGGAUAUCUGACGCCCACGGAGCUGCUGCGCAUACCGCAGUUGUCACAAAAUCCGCUGCAUCGGCAAAUCAUCGAUGGCUUCUUUGGGGACACGAAUUCGAAUUGUAGGGAUCGCAUUAAUUUUGGCCAAUUUGUGGGCACCUGUGCCACGUUCCUGGUGCCGCAAUGCACCAGUCACCAGCAACAGCACCAGCACCAGCGUGUCGAUGGACGUGCUCAAAAAUUGCGACUGCUCUCGAAAAUGUUUGACACGCAGCGUUGCGGACACAUUGAGCGCACCGAUUUCCGCAAGGUCAUGAUGAGUCUGCUCGAUGGUGCGCCGCCCUCGGAUGGCGUUGCCAAUGUUUAUCCGCACAGCAGCGAGCAGGAAUUGCAAUUGCUCGAGCAACUGGCAUUUGGAGCACGGCAAAGCAUCUCAUAUGAGCAGUUUGAGCAACGCAUUUCCACCGCCAACAUCGAAUCUAAGCUGGCAAUUCACAAGUGGCUGCAGCAGGAUGAGGAACCGCAGCAGGAGACGGAAACGGAGACGGAGACGGAGGAGCAAUCAUCCAGUCCAGCCACAACGUGAUAACAAAUUUCAAUAUCUAAA